AGUCUAUUUUUCUCGUAAAUAUUUUAAAAGUGUAAUAUAUGACAGCCAAAAAUUGCUGAAUUCUUCAUUUCUGCCCUUGUGUUUCAAGAGAGAAUACUUUCCAUCCAAAUGGAGAGAGAUCUGGGUUCAUAUCCCAGUAGGGGCUUAAGAUGAUGCAUGCAAUAUUUUGUUGUUUUAUUUUCUAAAAACAAUAAAUUAAUGAUAAAGAAAUUAAUUUAGUAAGAGUUUUAACAUGUAAUAAUACUAUAGUAUUCAUAUAAUGAGUGGAUUUUAGAAUUAGUCAUGUCUUGAGUUUGUUUGUCAUUAUGAACAUUUUGUCUUAUAUCAAAUUUUUAUAAGUGACAUAAUACUUAAAUUUAGAUUUGAUAAAAGAAUAUUAUGUUUAUAAUUAGGUGCUACGAAAAGCUGUUCAGGAUCUGAUUUUGAAGGAGAUCGAGGAUGAGGUUUUCCUACUUUCAUCCAGAAAUGUUGCCUUGUCUAGUGUUCUUAUUCGAUAUCGCAGCAUUGAAAGCUUGUUUGAGAAUGGAGAACAUCUGAUCAAGGAGAUCAUUAGUGAAAUGUCAGAAAGACUUCCAUUCUUGUUUCGUAUCAUGGCAACCAUUGCUACUGGGGGCAAGGAGCUGCAAGGGACAAAAAUGGCCCCUGUAGCUACAGCAUAUGCAGUGCUAAUGAACGCACAUUCUGACAAGUUGUCGGCAUGGCAUAGGAUGACCACCAUUGUGGCCAUAAAAGGUCAUCUGGAAGAUUCAGCGUUAACAAGAUUCAACCGCCUUGGUGUUACCAUGUCCACAACAACUAAGCUGCGGUUGUUGGAUGAAGCCAGCAGUAUCAUGGACAAGGGCAUCGUAAGCCGAUUGCAGAAGUCCCCAUUAGUCAAGAUAACUGGUGACAACUUGGAUAUGUACAUUAAAACAGGCCAGCAAUCUCUAGAGAAGUCAAAUAGAGACCUUCAUCUGUUUGCCUCUAAUGUACUGUUCAACAGGAUUGCCAGUCCAGAUAAAUACAGUUUGGUGCCCACUCGAACACCACUGACAGAUCUGAAUGCAGAAAUGUUUCUCCUGAGUGGCAAUUACCGGAGUACGCUUGUGAACAGCUACUCUGUAAUACUUGGAAGAAUUCUUUGUGAGCUAAAAGCUUUCUCUUGGAUGGCAAAUGCAUUGCCAGAUCACAUUCACCACCCAUAUCAGCAUGAAAUGAGUCUGAAGUCAGACAUAUUCCAGCUGCCAAUUAUGAUGAAAAACGAAGCCAAACAUGAAGAUUGUGUUGACAUUCUGGACACUUAUGAGGCAGUUCUCAGUGAUUAUUAUCACAAGGCUUUUGGCUCAGAGGAUGUUCUUCACAAGUUUGGUGUCACCGUUGGUGGAGACCAAUUGACAAGAGUUCGGCUUGAAGAAGCCAAAAACCUCCGUGCAUUGGCUACUACACCCAACAAGCGAUUUGAGGACCUGCACCCAUUUGUAAUUGAGUUGUGGCACACAAAGCAAGAUUUUUUGGAGAAAUGCUUCAAAGCACUGUACAGUGCCUUUAGUGUACGCCAGCCUGGUACGCUCUAUUAUUUCAAGUCCAAUCUGCAGCGCACAGAUAUCAACGGAAAGGUGAAGGGAGGCUUCAAGGCACACCAUGAAUUCCUGUAUCUUGUCGGAACAGCUAUGGUUACUGAGCAGUUCCUUCAAUAUUUUGGUAUGGAAAAUGUUGAGUCGGAACCAACCAAAAACAUGCCCAUUAUGAAAAAAAAUCUUUCAGAUAGGCGCAUUCAAAUAUUUGAAAUGAUGGAAAAAUUUAUUGCAGAGUUUGGAUAUUUGAAAAACUGUACUGAUGCAGAUGCACAAGAAAAUGACAGUGUAUUCAAAUAUUGUUCUAAUCUUUGUCACUGGGUUGUCCUUUUGUUGAACUUUGAGGAUGUUGUACGGGAGGGAGACUUACAAAGAAUUGUGCCUUCUGUCAUGUACAUGAUGCAGUUCUUCUUGUCUCAUUCAAAGUUAUCAAAAUACUUUGAGGAAUGUCUAGACUUUGUUAUGAAAUGUGAGUUUUUAUUGAGUCCUUUAGACAGAGUCCGUGUUUUAGAAGGCGCAUUUGCAAAUCUGCGAGGUGGUAUUGGCAAGAACAUUGAAAGUGAUCUUGUGCAGGAAAACUCAGUAAGAAAUCAGAAAGAUCUUAUAAGAGCUCUAGGUGCUAACAAAACAGACCAGGCAAUAUUGAGAGCAACAAGGUCAGCUGACGUUAUUGCUGAGAUUUGCUCCAAGAUUGACAAUUCUCUUUCAUUGAAAAAGCAAAGCAGCAAACAUUCAUGUUCUAAAUCUUUAAAGGAUGAAGCAGUCAUUGCCAAAACUCUAAGAAAACUAAAGCCUUUUCAACGGACAGAGGGACGUAUUUGCCAAGGUAUUCCUAAUAUCCAUGGUUCUCCAUUAAAUAGAAUAACUAAAGAAGAAUUUAGCAAUAGGGUCACUGAUGUUAUGUGUAGACUGUACUAUGGACAAACAAGAAAUGGAUCAUAUGAUGAUCCACAAGAAUGUUCAGAUGAGGAUUAAUAUGCCAUACAAAGGGAAAUAUUCUAAAAUGUUGGCAAUUUGUAUAUAAAUCUCGACAAAAUACGUUAAACAUAUUGCCAUCUAUCCAUGUUUCAAGUUUCAUGAAAAAAUAUUUAUAACUUAAAGUUAUUGCAGUAUCCACCAUUUUCAGCAAUAUUUCUAUACUAUGUGUUGGCAUUGCAACCAGAUUUCUUGACAUAGGAUCAUAAUGAAAUGACGUGCAUAAGCUCCAUAUUGCCAUCUGUCCAUGUUUUAUGAAAAAUUAUGAAGAAGUUUUAAAGUUAUUGCUGGAUCCAGAAAAGUGUGACAGACAGACAGACUCACAGACAGACGCAAACCAUAAGUCCCAUCCGGUUUCACCAGUAGGGGACAACAAAGUCGGAGACAAAUGCCCCAAAAACAGGGCAUUGACACAGAAUGUUUUUGCAAACAAAAUUAACCAUAACAAUUAAUUAUAUUAGUGUGAAUAGGUGUUAUAAUGUUAUAAAUAUUUGAAUACACUGUCAUUUUCUUGUGUGGGCUGUCUGCAUCUAUGUUAUGUAAUCAUUGAGUAUGUUCAUUAGCUAUAGCCUGUACCUAUACAACUCAAAAUUUGUUAAGGCUCACUAUGUAUUUUCACAUUAUCUUCAAUGUAAUUUAAUUUAAAUUGUUAUUUUGCAGGUUUUGGUAUUAUAUUUUGUGUUUUUGUUUUUAUUUUUAUGCCCCCCUUCGAAGAAGAGUAUAUUGUUUUGCACAUGUCGGUCGGUUGGUCUGUCGGUCCGUCCACCAGAUGGUUUCCGGAUGAUAACUCAAGUAUGCUUAGGCCUAGGAUCAUGAAACUUCAUAGGUACAUGAUUGAUCAUGACUGUCAGAUGACCCCUAUUGAUUUUCAGGUCGCUAGGUCAAAGGUAAAGGUCAUAGUGACUCGAAAUAGUAAAAUGGUUUCGGGAUGAUAACUCAAGAAUGCUUUGGUCUAGGAUCAUGAAACUUCAUAGGUACAUUGAUCAUGACUGGCAGAUGACCCCUAUAGAGUUUCAGGUCACUAGGACAAAGGUCAAGGUCACAGUGACUCGAAAUAGUUAAAUGGUUUCCGGAUGAUAACUCAAGAAUGCUUAGGCCUAUGAACUUCAUAGGUACAUUGAUCAUGACUGGCAGAUGACCCCUAUUGAUUUUUAGGUCACUAGGUCAAAGGUCAAGGUCACAGUGACUCGAAACAGUUAAAUGGUUUCCAGAUGAUUACUCAAGAAUGCUUGCGCCUAGGAUGAUGAAACUUAAUAGGAAUAUUGAUCAUGACUGGCAAAUGACCCAUAUUUAUUUUUUAGGACAAAGGUUAAGGUCACAGUGACUCAAAAUAGUAAAAUGGUUUCCAGAUGAUAACUCAAGAAUAAUUAGGCCUAGGAUCAUGAAACGUCAUAGGUACAUUGAUCAUGACUGGCAGAUGACCCCUAUUUAUAUUUAGAUCACUAGGUCAAAGGUCAAGGUCACAGUGACAAAAAACAUAUUCACACAAUGGCUGCCACUACAACUGACAGCCCCUAUGGGGGGCAUGCAUGUUUUACAAACAGCCUUUGUUAUGUUUUGAUUUAUCAUUGAUUCGUGACGCUGGCUGAAUCUAGCUAGAGGUGAAUUUCGAAAUUACACGUACUAUAAAAAGUGAUCCUUAGCAAAUUUUGAGUAGUAUAUGUAACAAUAAGCCACUGAAAUAGAGGUCAUCUACUGUCCAAGGCCAAUGCAUCUAGAUUAUGUGUAGGUCAAGUUUUAAUAUUGGUCAUGCAGUGUCAAAAACUAGGUCAUGUGGUCAAUUAAUGCGUUUGAAAGAAUGUUUGUACGAACUAUAACUAUGUCAUAUAUCGUUAGAUUUUAAAAUGACUAAGUACAUUUGUUUACCAUAAUGGGACGGUGUGAGUUCAAAGGUAAAAUCCAGGCCAUAACUUUAUCGCUUAUGGUAAAAUUUAUAAUCAUUUGGCAUAUUUCUUCACCAUAAUUUGACGGUGUGUCAGGGUCACACUCUGAGCUCAAAAAUGCUUGACCUACCAUAACUAUGUAAAAAAUGGCCAUUAAUGAGCUGUUCCGGGCCAUAACAUUGAUGUUCAUUGCGAGAUUUUAAAAUCAUUUGUUGCCCAUUAUUGGACAGUGUAUCACAUGAAAGAAUUAUGUCGAUAUCUCAAAGGUCAUGCUCAUUUGAAAACAAUUUACAUAAAACACUUGAUGGCAAAGUGACACAGUUUCUGUAUGUUUAUUAAAGUGACGGUUUAUGGUUUUAUGCUUAAAAGUAUGCUACAAUUUUUGUUUAACACUAAUGAUUAUCUAGGAAAAAACAUAGAUCUAAAAUGAAAUAGUGAAGAGACGCGUAUGUCCAGUUAGAAUAUCUAAGUGAGUUUUCAUGUACAGUUAUUAUUCUCAAUGUCAAAUUUGUAAAUAUCACAAAAAAUCUAUGUUCAGUAAUUAGUACAUUAUCUUAGAAAAAAAAUUGAUCUUAAAUGAAAUAAUGAAGACACGCAUAUGUCCAGUUAGAAUAUCUUAGUGAAUUUUCAUGUACAGUUAUCAUUCUCAAUUUCUAAUUUUCAAAUAUCAUAAAAAAUCUCUGUUCAGCAACUAAGUACAUUGUAAUGGAUGCAUUAAAGUUUCAGAAACAAGAUAUGUUAAGAAAAUCAAAUACGCUUAUUUGUGUAUAUAACAAUAUUGUAAUAAGAGCAAAUGUGCAUGUUUCCAAUUUACUCAUGUUUAUAUGUUUCUAUUCAUUCCAUUAUAUAUGUAUAUGCACAUAAUUUACAAAGUAAUGCACAUUCAUAUUAAUUUAUUUAUUUACAUCUAAGCAACACUAUACAUUAUACAAUUCACAUUUAUAAAUUAGCAUCAAAUUUACUAUCACAAUUACAUGACAAAUAAUAUACAUGUACUAUUAGAAAAAAAGUUGAUUUGAUCCUGUGACAUAAGGGAUACAUGUGAUAUGUUCUCAUUUGGUCAUUAUAGUAAUCACGGAUAAUGUACAUGUAUACAUGUAUAUGGCAUAAAAUCAAAUCACAACAUAAUAUCCAACUUGUUAAAAUUUUAACUGAAGUGCCACACCUGGAAGACCUCACACAUCUAUCAGCAAUAUUUAUUUAAUUUAUUUUAAUUAUACUAACACAGCAAAAACCCUGGGUUAGCCCCUUCAAAUGAAAAAGUGUGAUUUGUGACAUACCCUGCAUGCAACCCAAAAGUUACGAAGUCUACACGUAUUCUCCUUAAAUAUCUUGAUACAUUCAAGAGUAAGAACGAAGAGAGGAUUGUUAACUAGGUUCUCUUUCAGCAUAAAAAUAGUCAUAACAGAAACUAACAGAGAUUAAAAGGUAACUAAAACAUGCUAGAUUUUCUAGACUGUUACCUUGGUUAACAAACUCUCUCAUAACCUUUUAAAACAUAAAAGAAAUAUAUACAAAUUCUUAUAGAGCUACAUGUAUGUAAUUAAGUAGAAGUUUGUGCCUUGUAUAAAAUUACAAAUCUAAGUUGAAGUAUAUUAUAACAGGUUUUGGCUGUUCUCUUAGUUAAAUCUAAGUUGGAGAAAACAAAUACACAUUUUUGUUCAUCUGACAAGUGAAUAAAAUCUUUAUUAAUUUGAAUGGCAUUAUCAUAUAAAACAGUUCUUAAUGCCUCAUAGACUGGACACUGUGUCAAAACAUGGGUAUCAGUUUCAACGCCUGAUUUACAAAUAGGACAUAUACGUUUAUUUAAUGUAACGUUUUCAUAUGUCCCUGUCUCUAAUCUAAGAGGGGCAACGCCACAUCUCAAUUUUUACAAUGCUGCUCUAUGCUUAAAAGGCAUUGCUAUGCAACAACAACAACAUUUAUGAGCUCUUAAGCAUACAAUUGCUUUUAAGCAAUAUGCAUUAUACAUAAUACACAAGUGUAACGACCUGGAUGAUAAUUAUUAUAAUUAGGUAAUAAUUAUAAAAAUUAUGUAAUGGAGAAAGUUAACAAAUAUUUUACUGAAUCAUAACAUAGGAUAUGCCUUCUAACAUUGAUAAUGAUGGUUGUUAAUAAAAUAAUGAGACAAAGAGUACAUUGUGCUACAUUAUAAGUUUCAUUUUAACAUUCAUAUUGAUUACUGCUCAUCAAGUUCUUGGAAAAAAAUAGUAUAUAUAGGUAAAUUAAUUUGCUUAAAAAUUGUUCCUUAAACAAUUCGCAUUAUAUAUAUAUUUUGAAAGAUUAAUGAUUUCUUUCUUAUUUUGUGUUUUCAUUAAUAAAUCAAACUUAUUUAACGGUGGCCAUCUUUGAUAAAAUGACUUUAAAUAAGUUUUUCUAACAUCUUUGUAUAUUGGACAUAUUAAUGAGAAAUGGUAUUAGCUUUCUACGACAUUAAGAUUACAAAAUUUACAUUUCCGAUUAUCCUGAUGAAUAUUGUGGUAUCGACCUCGUUCUAUUUCUAAUCUGUGUGAUGAUAGGCAUAAUUGAGUUAGUGCUAUUUUAAAUUGUUUCGUUGUAAUGAUAUCCAGAUAUUGUUCUGUAUUAAACGUGUCCUUGAUGCGGCAAUAUGUAUUUAGUCUUGGUGAAUUAUUGAAUUAUCUCACUGUACCAGUAUUGCUUGUAAUGAUCGAAUAAUCGCUGUUUCAUUAGAUAAGUAUAUGUAACCAGUAUUGCUUGUAAUGAUCGAAUAAUCGCUGUUUCAUUAGAUAUGUAUAUAUAGAUGUGUUCAGAGUUUUCUGUCAGGGUUUCUUGUUCAGUACAAACAUAUUUUUCUGUUUCAAAUUCAUGUUUAAAAAACUGAUAUGUACUAAUAUAUUAAUCUACCAUAUGUAAUGUGUUUUAACUAUAUUAUUAAAUUAAUUACACAAUUUGAAUUAAUUUCAUGCAACCUUCAACCUUUUUUACUUCUUCGACUGGACUUAAAUAAUCUUUAUGUACAACGCAAUAAUAAGUGUGUCUUGAAUGAAGAAAGGUCUUGAUUUAAACCACAUCAAUUUAAUUAUGGUUACAAGUUUAAACAAGAUACAAAAACAAUUAUGUAUCAUUUUACAAAUCAAUCCUUUUAAAUGUAUGAUCAAUAUGCACACAACAUGGUAAGGUUUGAUCAAGUAAACAAACUGCAUAUUUCAUAAUUAUGUAAAGAGACUUAAAGACAAAACCAAAUUAUUUAUCAUUUGCAAGUUUUGUUAAAUAACAAAGUUUGCAUUUACAAACAGAGUGCAGUUUACAAAUAUUAUCAAUUUAAAUUUAUGAUCAAUAUGCAAACAGCAUAUUAAGAUUUG